UUUUGAUUGACUCGCUGGGCGCCGCCACAUCAUGGGACCGUGCGUAACAGAACAGAACAAUGAUUGACAUAUAGCCACUGUGUCUAACCCUCCAUUGGGACCACGCCCUCGCAGACUGAUUCGGCCAUUCGCUCGGUCGCCCGUCCCCUCACGCCCCUAAUCUGGAUGCCCUGACUGGUCUCUUCUUAAGAUGAGUAAUUCCACGGCAAACGAGGUUCCAAGUGCCACGUCCUUCGCCGCACCCGCGGAGGAUGAGUCCGCCCAGUCGGCUCAAGCGGCCAGCCCGGGUGCCGUGAUUCUCGAGCAAUCGCCCACGGCCAGUGCGUCUUUCGCGGAUUUAUACCCGUUCCGUCGGGGCACGCCCUCGCGGCCCAUCACUUCCUGGGAGAAAUUCUUGGGUCACGAGCGCACAGGGGCGUUGCGCAACGUGUGCGAGGAAAAUGUGUUGUACUGCGCCCAAAGCCUGCCCAUGGUUCGACACAUGUUGCAGGCCUUGAAGGCCGCCGGAUGUCCCGUCAUGCUGCAACGCCAUUUGUCCUGCGAGACGUGUCAACCGGGUAAUGAUGCGGGCGUCAAUCACGGCGGGUACGACGAGCUCCACAAUCAGGUCUUCAUCUGCAGCAAUAACGCCGUCAGUGUGGGCGACGUCCAUGCCACCCUAAUCCGGGGUUUGUUGGGCAUGUUUGAGGCGUGUACGGCCCGGGUCGACUAUCGCAAUGUGGAUCAUUUGGCGUGUUUAGAAAUCAAACAAGCCAAUUUGACCUCGUGCAAUUUCUUGAAUUACUUGAGUCAGAAAUUCGGUCGAUUGGGCUUGGCGGGUGAGCACGCCCGUUGCGUCAAAGCGACCGCCCGAUAUCGCCUGAUGAACGCCCGAUUCGUCGACGAAACGGUGGCCCACGCUGCCGUGGAGCGCGUGUUCAAACAGUGCUACCAGGACUUGGAACCCAUCGGACGGCGGUGCGGGAGCGCUGCGGACAUCGAGUUGGCGCGGAAUGAGGCCUACCUCUUUGGCCACGAAUAAAUCCAAUGUUGUGUAAUGUAGUCCUUUUCAUAAAUGGAUAUGACGUCUCUCUCUCGAACAUUUUCCAUUCAG